AUGUGGCUCCUGCUGGCGCUGGCCUCGACACUGUUGGCAGGCUGCAGGGCGGUGAGGGGGCCCAGAACCGUGCGGGGAUUCCUGGGGGGAUCCCUCUCAGUCACCUGCACGUACCGGCGAGGCCAGGAGAAGUUGACGAAAUACUGGUGCACACCGCGAGCAGUUAUUCGUACCUGUGCUGAUGAUAUCGUCAUCACCUCGGAGUCGAAGCCCGAGGUGCAGCAGGGCCGAUUCUCCAUCCGGGACAACCGCACACACCGGGCAUUCACGGUGACUGUGGAGCAUCUGGGCAAGGAGGAUGCGGGCACCUUCCUCUGUGGGGUGCGAACGGGAAUGCUUCAGUUUGAUGACAGUGCUGAUGUGGAGGUGAUCGUGGAUCCAGGUCAGUCCUUGUACAUUCCCUGCACAGCAGCAGUGACCACAGGCUUGGGGSGCUGGGCCAGACCAAGGGAGGAGAUGUCACCCUGGCCAUGGGGACAUGGAGAAGGACAAGAUGUCCAUCUGGCACUCUGCAUUCAUUCCUCCUUCCCAACCCUGACGCUCCAGCCGGGACAAUCACACACAGCUGUGGUUCACAGUGACUGUGGAGGGUCUGGCCAAGGAGGACAAGGGCACCUUCUGCUUCGGGGUGUGCAGGGGAAUGUCUCUGAUUGA